AUGCCUCGCCCCAAGGUGCGGCCCGAAGACCGGUUGCGAGCUCCUCGGGCUUGUCUGGCUUGCAAGGCCUCCAAGAUCCGCUGCGACGCUCAACGUCCCUGUGCCUCCUGUGUGCGACGGAAGCAUCCCGAUGCCUGUGUCUACUCCGGCGUUGAUGGACGGCGACGGAGAACAUUCUCUCGUGCGGACAGUCAAGCCCAAAGUCCCGGCUUCUCAGAUGAGCAUCCGACGCCGCGUGAACAGGGCGCAAAUCUGCCCUCACCAAGCUCUCGGCAUCGUUCCUCGCGCAAAGUGUAUGUGGGUGAAACGUCGUCAUUGUCGUUUCUACAUUUCUUGAGGAAAACGGUCAAGUCGUACGUGGGAUCGGUCUCGUUUACCGACUCGGAGCGUCGCCACGUUGUUCUCGAAACGGAGAUCGCACAGCCAGCAGAUCGUACACCACCAGAGUUAACCGCGGAGAAAAUCUAUGAUCUGCUGGAAUCAUAUUUUGAAGCGGUCAGUCGGUUUUCCGAAGGAUCACACUUCGUGGUUUACCUCUUCACGGCAGAGGAGAUAGACUCGCUGGUUGCAGACAAGUCGCUAAUGUCGAUGUUUACUUUGGAGUCCAGCUCUAGACGCGAAGAUUCCGCCGCCUUGGAUCUUGCGCUGGCGAUUGGCGCUCAGCGGAGAGGAGAGGAUUCUGAUCUCGCCAUGGGCUACUUUUGCCGUGCACGCCAAAUUGCCUUUGAGGACAUGUUGAUGGGCCAGAGCGUCAGAAGUGUCAGACUUUUUCUCCUCCUUUCCUUCUUUAUGCUCGGCGCAUGCCACCGAAAUGCCGCAUCCAUGUUUCUGGGAGUGGCUGCGAAAGCUGCAGUGAUCUUGGAUCUACACAAUCUAGAAAGCUACGGUGGUCUCGUGGAAGACGAAUACUGGCUGAGACUACGGAUAUGGAAUAGCACUCGAAACUUCGACAUACUCAGUAGUUUCAUUCUAGGGAGACCCAGAAGUCUGCCCACCGUCCCGCGAAAUUCCGUUCAGCCAGAAAUACCGCUGGGCAAAAGCCUCUACAGCCCGCAGUCUGCGUUUCGUGAAACUGUCAAGUUAUGUAGCCUGUUUGAAGAUAUAAUGGACACCCUCAAUAAAGACAACAUCCUGCAUGUUCCCACCGCGGAGAAUUUCCUCAAGAGGCUCCGCCAAUGGAGUCAGGAAUUGCCUCCAUCUAUACGUCGGUUUACGCCCGGUGUCUCUUCUCCUCAAUCAUGCAAGGAUGGUGGGCAUGGUUCCGACUUGAGUCCUUCGGAUUGGCAGUUAUUGAUAGGAAAUAUGCAUAUUUCAUGCAUAUACUAUUUUGCCGUCAUACUGAUUACCAGGCCAUAUUUGAUCGCGUACCUGAUGUCGCGGCUCCGUGGCAAAGCACCUGACCAUCUCAUUACAGAUCCCGACGAAGCCUCUGAUGUUACUAUCAAAAACAACAAGGUUUCCAAGUUGGGCCAGGUCUGUGUUAGCUCGGCUGUGUAUAUGGUUGAUAUGUGUCAAAAAGUGCAGAACUUGACCUUGACUCUUGGGAAUCUCGGCUUACUCAAAGCCUGGGUAUUUGGUGCCGGUCUUGUCCUCGGAUUUUCCAUGUUCGCCGGUGAGCCCCGAAAGGACAUUGAAAUAUGUUUUGAAAACGCUCGCAGCGUGCUCGCUAGUAUAGCAACAACCAGUCCCCAGGCCGAACUUUAUCAUGAUAUUUUAACCAGCUUUUCAGAGGCAGUCACCAAAUACCGUCGUCGGGUAGCGGGAGAAGUCAGGCGAACUGUCCAGCAUUACAUGGACCAGAUCUUGAUUUUGGAGCAGGCAUCCUUGCAUAUAAAUCAUGAGAUCCAACCAAACAAUAGCAAUCAGCAGUUCCCUGGUAACAUGGCAGAUAAACUCGAGACGAAUUCGAGUAGUCCGCCGGACCCUAUCUCUGAUUGCACAAAAGGCGCACACACACUAAUUCAAAUGGCUUCUUCAUUGGACACUGAAUACGACGAUUGGGAGGACCUCGAUAUGCAGUUUUUCGAUGGGUUUCUUCCAGAUCCGGAGCCGUUCGAUCAGUUGUUUCACACCGUUGAAUAG